AUGCUCUCUCUAAGGGUGUUUGGCCGGGCUCUGCCCAAGGCUGCCUUUCGACAACCCGCGAUCCGGGUUGCCUCUUCAAUUUCGAGAUUUACAGCUCAUCGACCGCUAUUGCAACCGGCAAUGAAAUCAUCCUAUCCUACUUUCUCGACAUCGGUCGCUCGAAGGGAACCGUCUGGAGAAUCGGAUCUAGAACUUGCAGAGAAAUUCAAUUCCGAACGAAUGCUCGAACUUGAGUCUAAUAACCCCAACAAACCCGCCUCUAUCGAAGAGUUCCUGCAAACCAGCCCAUGGCAAAUUGAAGACAUACCAGGCACACACGAAGUUGUCUUGAGAAGAGAUUUCGGCAACGAGAAGAUCAAGAUUGAACUCAGCGUAACCGAAAUCGACAACACGGCAGAAGAAGAUGAAUUCGAUCAGAUGGAUGAGGACGGUGCUCUCGAAGAUGAGGCAGACUAUGGUAUGGGAAAGAGCACCAUCAAUCAGUCAGGUCCACGAGGAGGCAAGACCGAUGUUGUGGCGGAAGACAGAACAGCGUCCGCCGACAGAGCCGAAGCAGGGGACGCUGGCGACACCGACACUGAGCUCUCUCCUGCCUUCCCUGUCCGCCUGACUAUCACCAUCACGAAGCCCGGCAAGCGUGCCGUCGAAAUUCGAGCGAUUGCCGAAGAGGGUGCCAUAGAGAUCGGAACCAUGAGUUUCUUUCCCAAAGAAUCACUUCUCGAAGCUCAAACUCCUAAGGAGGCCCAGGAAGCACGCAGCCUGUACGCUGGCCCUCCCGUCGCCAAUCUAGAUCCGGAACUUCAAGCCAUGCUCGACAAGUAUCUUGAGGAGAGGGGUAUUGAUACUCAAUUGGCCAACUUUUUGCCAGAGUAUGUCGAGUACAAAGAGCAGCGAGAAUAUGUGCAGUGGCUCGAUAACAUGAAGCAGUUCAUCGAGGAGUAA